AUGUCCAACAUAGAGGUUUUGAUCAACACUCUGGCCACUGAUGCUGCUGUCAUCGAGGAGCCUAACGGCACAAUUUCCUCGGUGGCAGGCAUCUUCCCAAAGGCAGAUUUUCUUUGGUCAUUGAUCAAUUUAGGCGAGACUAAUUGUGGCGACUUGGCUCGUCGCCUGUUUUUUAUUUGGACAGGCUACGUUGUUGUACGAUGUAUUUACAACCUCUACUUCCAUCCUCUUUCUAAGAUCCCCGGUCCAUGGCUAGCUGCUAUGACGCCGCUCUGCGACUUUUGGUACGAUGCCGUAAAGAACGGCAACUACCUUUGGGAGAUCCAGAAGAUGCAUGAGAAAUACGGCCCAAUUGUUCGCAUCAACCCCAACGAAGUUCACAUUGAUGACCCAGAAUACUAUCAAAACGUUUAUGUCGGCGGCACUCAUCGCAUCAACAAGGACUCGUCUACCGUAGCCGGUUUUGGUGUCCCUGCAUCCGUAGCAGCCACCGUGAACCACGCCCAGCACCGUUCACGCCGCGGCUAUAUGAACCCCUACUUCGCAAAGCGGUCCAUCGUUUCCAUGGAGCCCCAGAUUCAUGAACGUAUCACGGCCAUGCUCAACCGCCUCGAUGGUGCUCGCAAGGACGGCACCAAAAUCUCGCUGGACCUCGCGUUUUCCGCCAUGACGGCAGACAUUAUCACCCAACGCUUCUUUGGCUACCACUACGACUACCUCAGCAUCCCCAGCCUGGUUUCGCCCAUUCGUGAGGCCUUCAAGGGUGUUUCGGAAAUCUUUCACUGGACUCGCUUCGUGCCGUGGGCCAUUAGAUACCUCAAGAAGCUGCCCAUCCCAGUUAUCCUUCUCAUUCUACCACCCGUCGCGGAACUCCUGGUUCUACAAGAAGACAUUAAAAUCAACAUCAAGAACAAGCUCGCUAGCGAGAACAAUAGUCCUCAGUCCAAGUCAAUCAUAAUUGAGGCCCUCGGCGACUCGCACGUCCCUGCACAGGAACGCACCAUGGAGCGUCUUGUAGAUGAAGGGCAGGUCAUUAUAUUCGCUGGAACAGAGACAUCAUCAAGAUCGCUUGCUGUUGGCAUGUUUUACCUGCUCGCCAACAAAUCUCUUGUCAACAGAGCCCUCGCUGAGCUCUCCAGAGUGGACCACAUUCCCGACGAAGAGCUCACAAUGAAGGAUCUCGAGACACUGCCCUUCAUGACUGGCAUUGUGAAAGAAGCUAUCCGCCUCUCUUACGGACCCAUCACCCGUCUUCCAAGGGUCUUCACCCACGAGACGCUACAGUACAAGGACCAUGCCAUUCCUCCUGGUACGCCUGUAAGUCAGUCGACGUAUUUUGUGCACACGAAUCCCAAGUGCUUCGUGGACCCCUUCACCUUCAACCCAGACCGCUGGGUAGAGGCAGCCAAGGCAGGGUUUCCUCUGGAGAGGUACCUCACGAGUUUCACCAAGGGGUCCCGUCAGUGCCUCGGCAUCGGCUUAGCUCACGCCGAGCUAUAUCUGACAUUUACCCGCGUUCUUCGUAACUUCGAUAUGGAUUUGGUGAACACUUCGAUUGCAGACGUUCAGGUCCAUAACGUCUUGAUCAUUGGGCAACCCAAGCUCGAGAAGGAUAAGGGCGAAGGACAGGGUGAAGUCGAGGUGAUGGUUACACGCAAGCUAAGGCCCUAA